AUGCUGGAGGCUUGUGAGGAGAAGGCUGUCAGGCUCAGUGAAGGGAAGGGGGCGCUACUAAACAACGUUACUGAGAACCCUUACAACCGGAAACCAAACAGUUUGAUGUACGUUUUUGACCAAAAGGAUGCCCACGUCCUCCAGCCAGUGGAGAGCAGAGAUCUAUUUACCAUAGAUCCAAGACCCACUAACGAGACGUCCCGCAACAAUAUACCUGGACAUCAAGAAAGUCGAGGCUAUUCUCAACGCAACAAUAUACCUGGACAUCAGGAGACUCGAGGCUAUUCUCAACGCAACAAUAUACCUGGACAUCAAGAAAGUCGAGGCUAUUCUCAACGCAACAAUAUACCUGGACAUCAGGAAAGUCGAGGCUAUUCUCAACGCAACAAUAUACCUGGACAUCAGGAAAGUCGAGGCUAUUCUCAACGCAACAAUAUACCUGGACAUCAGGAGACUCGAGGCUAUUCUCAACGCAACAAUAUACCUGGACAUCAGGAAAGUCGAGGCUAUUCUCAACGCAACAAUAUACCUGGACAUCAAGAAAGUCGAGGCUAUUCUCAACGCAACAAUAUACCUGGACAUCAGGAAAGUCGAGGCUAUUCUCAACGCAACAAUAUACCUGGACAUCAGGAAAGUCGAGGCUAUUCUCAACGCAACAAUAUACCUGGACAUCAGGAGACUCGAGGCUAUUCUCAACGCAACAAUAUACCUGGACAUCAGGAAAGUCGAGGCUAUUCUCAACGCAACAAUAUACCUGGACAUCAGGAGACUCGAGGCUAUUCUCAACGCAACAAUAUACCUGGACAUCAGGAGACUCGAGGCUAUUCUCAACGCAACAAUAUACCUGGACAUCAGGAGACUCGAGGCUAUUCUCAACGCAACAAUAUACCUGGACAUCAAGAAAGUCGAGGCUAUUCUCAACGCAACAAUAUACCUGGACAUCAGGAGACUCGAGGCUAUUCUCAACGCAACAAUAUACCUGGACAUCAAGAAAGUCGAGGCUAUUCUCAACGCAACAAUAUACCUGGACAUCAGGAGACUCGAGGCUAUUCUCAACGCAACAAUAUACCUGGACAUCAGGAAAGUCGAGGCUAUUCUCAACGCAACAAUAUACCUGGACAUCAGGAAAGUCGAGGCUAUUCUCAACGCAACAAUAUACCUGGACAUCAAGAAAGUCGAGGCUAUUCUCAACGCAACAAUAUACCUGGACAUCAGGAGACUCGAGGCUAUUCUCAACGCAACAAUAUACCUGGACAUCAGGAGACUCGAGGCUAUUCUCAACGCAACAAUAUACCUGGACAUCAGGAGACUCGAGGCUAUUCUCAACGCAACAAUAUACCUGGACAUCAAGAAAGUCGAGGCUAUUCUCAACGCAACAAUAUACCUGGACAUCAGGAAAGUCGAGGCUAUUCCCAACGCAACAAUAUACCUGGACAUCAGGAAAGUCGAGGCUAUUCUCAACGCAACAAUAUACCUGGACAUCAGGAAAGUCGAGGCUAUUCUCAACGCAACAAUAUACCUGGACAUCAGGAGACUCGAGGCUAUUCUCACCGCGACUUGCUAUUGAAUCAAUCGGGUUGUCGUGUAUGGAGCAAGUACUCCACCCGCCGUACGAUUGUCAAACGUUUUAUCUGCGAAGGUGGUUUGCAUUUCCGAUUGCGCCAUCUGUUUCAUUUCUUCCACACUCCCACCCCCUUUUAUCCACUCAGCAAUAAAACCAACAACUAA